UCACUGAGUGAAGCUGGCUGUCAGAGGCGAGGUCUGUCCCCGGCAGAGAGCUGUUAGUAGUUUAUGUUUAUUUUUAUAUUCGUGUAGAGGCGGAGAUCAGAGUUAGCAGCCGAGGAGCUCCCGACACACAGCCGUGCCAACCAUCCACGAUCCGAGCUUUCUUACCUAGCUUGGCCAUGGAUGAACAGGCGGGUCCCGGAGUCUUUUUUAACAAUAACAAUAACUCGGUGUUGUCCGGCAGCGGGAAAGGACCGGGGCCGCAGCCUGAAGGAGGCGGAGGGGAAGCGGCCAGGGCUCAGUACAGUAUCCCGGGGAUCUUGCACUUCCUGCAGCACGAAUGGGCCCGAUUUGAGGUGGAGAGGGCGCAGUGGGAUGUGGAGCGGGCCGAAUUGCAGGCGCAGAUUGCCUUUCUGCAGGGCGAGCGGAAGGGACAGGAAAACCUAAAGAAGGACCUGGUGCGGAGGAUCAAGAUGCUGGAAUACGCUCUGAAACAGGAGAGAUCGAAAUAUCAUAAGUUAAAAUAUGGAACAGAGUUAAAUCAAGGUGAUAUGAAACCACCAAGCUAUGACUCAGACGAGGGGAAUGAGAAUGAGGUUCAAGCCCCACAGAACAGCCAGCUAACAUGGAAACAGGGGCGCCAGCUAUUAAGACAGUACCUGCAGGAGGUUGGCUACACGGACACAAUCCUGGAUGUGAAGUCACAGCGAGUGAAAGCUCUGCUGGGUUUGACUGGUGACGCUGUAGAGAGACCUUCAGACAAUAACCCUGAGCCCAUGUUGAACGGCACAGAACCUUCUUUAAAGGAAGCUAUAAUGAUUGGGAAACCAGAUUUGACAGACUCUGCAUCUGUCUUGGACACCUUUAACUUUCUGGAGAGCGCAGCUGCAGAGUUUAGUGAUGAAGAUGAAGAUGAUGACAGCGAUGGGAAAGAGAAGACCAUCAUAGAUUCUGCAACAAUUGUAAGAAAGAAGGUGUCCUCAUCUCCAUCGCCAUCCCAGUCUCUGUCGUCAGAAGCCAACGAUGAUCACGACACAGAAGAGGCUCUGAAGGAGUUUGAUUUCCUGGUGACCACAGAUGACGCGGACGGGUCUGGAGAAUCGAGAAGCUCAGGAGAUGGGACAGAAUGGGAGAAGGAUGACCAGUGUCCCAUACCUGAAGGCUGGGAUGUGGAUCAAGGUUUAAUAACCAAACUCAAGGAGCAGUACAAAAAGGAACGCAAGGGGAAAAAGGGGGUGAAGAGGCCCAACAGGUCAAAGCUGCAAGACAUGCUGGCGAACCUGAGAGACGCGGAGGACCUUCCCUCAGUGCAGCCCUCAGUGACCCCCCCAUCACGACCCAGCGUGGCACGGCUCAAUGAACAUGAAACAAACAGGACGGACGAAGUGGAGGCCUUGACAUUUCCCCCAACGUCAGGGAGCUCUUUUAUCAUGGGCACAGAUGAGGCUAUGGAGUGUGAAAUGGGGCUGGGGGAACUUGCAGGCCUUACAGUUGCCAAUGAGGCAGAUUCACUCACCUAUGAUGUCACCAACAAUAAAGAUGCACUGAGGAAGACGUGGAACCCCAAGUUCACACUACGGAGUCACUUUGAUGGAAUUCGGGGUCUCACCUUCCACCCUAUUGAACCAGUCUUAAUAACGGCGUCAGAAGACCACACACUCAAGAUGUGGAAUUUGCAGAAAACCGCCCCCACGAAAAAGAGUGCCUCUCUAGAUGUGGAACCUAUUUAUACAUUCAGGGCUCAUAGAGGCUCGGUGCUAUGUGUAGUAAUGAGCACCAGUGGAGAGCAGUGCUUUAGUGGUGGUAUUGAUGGGACAAUCCAAAGCUGGAAUACUCCAAACCCUAAUAUUGAUCCCUAUGACUCCUAUGACCCCUCAGUGCUGCGAGGAGCCCUCUUAGGCCACACUGAUGCUGUGUGUGGGUUGGUGUACAGCGGGGCCCAUCAACGGUUAAUCUCCUGUUCUGCAGAUGGCACCGUGCGGCUAUGGAACGCUGCUGAAACUUUACCAGCCCUCACGAUAUUUAAUGAAAACAGGGAGCUGGGGAUCCCCUCUUCCGUGGACCUGGUGUGCAGUGACCCGGCUCACAUGGUGUCCUCAUUCAACACAGGGCAGACUGGAAUCUUCAACAUGGAGACACGGCAGCUGGUUCUCAGCUUGGAGUCCAACACAGACACUGGUACACUUUGUAAGAUCAACAAAGUGCUGAGCCACCCAACUCUUCCCAUCACAAUCACAGCACAGGAAGACAGGCACAUCAAGUUCUUUGACAACAACACAGGAAAACUGAUCCAUUCGAUGGUGGCUCACUUAGAUGCAGUAACAAGUUUAGCUGUUGAUCCCAAUGGCUUGUACCUGAUGUCUGGCAGUCAUGACUGCUCAAUCCGCUUGUGGAACCUAGACAGCAAGACGUGCAUCCAGGAGUUCACGGCUCACCGCAAGAAAUUUGACGAGUCUAUCCAUGACGUGGCGUUCCACCCAUCCAAGUGUUACAUCGCCAGCGCGGGAGCCGACGCCCUGGCCAAAGUCUUUGUAUGACACAACGUGCCGCUCAACCCUUCUGGCCCUCUGUACUAGCUAGAUUAGGCAAAUUGAACCAACAAAGAAUGGGAAGGGGGUGGGGCUUAAGGGUGGGGGUUCGGUAUCUCCCUGACCAAUCAGCUCUGCCCCUUGUAGCUCAUUGUUGGCUCUGCUGGUGGACUUCUCCAGAUGUGCCCCGUUUAAUUCCAGCUCAAGGGCCAUGUAGUUUAGAUUGUCUGUAAUAAAACACAGCUAACUAUGGAGCUGUGCUCUGCAUCCAUCCAGGCAGGCCUGGGUGAUACUGGGCUUGUGUGAAUCAUGUGAACUUUAUUGAGAUGUUAGGGAUGAAUAGAACAGUAGUUGCAUAAACCAAGGGGCAAUGGGAGAUUUUACCUUCAGGGUUUCGCAUAAGAAAAUGGGGAGGGGUUGAGGAAGCGAUGUUCUCUUUUUGAUAUUGAGAGACCUAUGGUGUGUGCAAAAGAAUAAAAAAUAAAGGGUGGGGGGGGUAUGUAAAAUUAAAAAUAUAUAUUAAUAUUAAUAAUAACAAUAAAAUCAUAUAUAUCCUUUGUGAAAUCCUUAAACUGGGUUAAAAUCUGAAUUCAGGUUUUGUUUUUCUUUUUUGUUUUUCCUUCUGUAUUUUUUUAAUUCCAGAUUCCCCAUUAGGGGAAAAAAAAAUCUAUAUCAAUUUGCUCUGGACUGCUUAAGUCUGUUAACUGAGAAUCCAGCUUAUGUGAAACCUUGCAUAAUAAAUGAAUGCUUGGUGACUAGCAAACACAGAAAAGCCAGAAAUAGCAGUUUGGAAAA